GGUUUUGGUACACGCGUACGACCGGUGUGCAGUACAUUUUUCGCGUUGAAAAACUCAGGGACUGUCUUUGUUUUAUCACUGGAGAAGAUAAAGAAGGAAGUUGUUUUUGCUUUAGUUAGCAUCUAAAUAAAUAAAAUGAAAACGUGGUUAUCUAGAACGUUACUUAUAACCGUAUUCUUUGCUGUUAUAUGUAAAAUUCAAGCGAAAUUACAAGACGGUGAUUGCGAAGUUUGUAUAAGUGUUGUUAAACAAAUAGAUAAACAGCUAACCUCAGAAGAAAGGAAAAGUCAAGAAAAGAUUGAAGGUGUAAUCAGAAAAAUAUGCAAGAAAGCUAAAAAUCGAGAAAACAGAUUUUGUUAUUAUGUAGGUGGGACUGAGGAUGCUGCCACUGGGCUGCUUGGUGAAAUUUCUAAACCAUUGAUAUCUCAUAUGCCAGCUGAUAGAAUAUGUGAAAAACUUAAGAAGAAAGAUGGCCAGAUUUGUGAACUUAAAUAUGAAAAGCAAAUAGAUCUGGAUGCUGUAGACUUGAAAAAACUAAAAGUGAAAGACUUAAAGAAGAUUUUGAGUGAUUGGGGAGAAGUCUGCAAAGCAUGUACUGAGAAGUCAGAUUUUAUUAAGUUAAUCGAGAAACUUAAACCUAAACAUUUCAAGAAGCAGGAGUUGUGAGGGGGUCCUCUCGUUCAUCGUUGUACAGAUAAUGAAUAAUUAUUUAAUUUUAUACAGUACAAUGUUUAGAUAUACAUGCAGCUAUGUUUAAAUUUUAUUUCUGUGAUUAUUUUUCAUUUUUGAUUAUUUGGCCGGUUUAAAAGUGCAGGUAGAUGGUUUUUAUUCUAAAAUUAAUACAAGAUUCUCUUUAUUUCUAUUUCUUGUUACAAAAAUAAAUCUACCCUUUGAAUGUUAAGCAUGCAGAUAUCUGUCAGAUUCACAAUGUUUGAUAAGACUCUGGGAUAACCAGCUUUAUCAUAGUUUUAAAGCCCCGUCCACACUAUCAAAUUUUCUUUGACAAAAAGUGUUGUAUUUUAUGUUCUGUUUAUGGUGAUGUUGUGAUGUCAUCAUGACCUUAUUUAGGCAUGAUUUUUGUUGAAUAAAAUUUGAUAGUCUGGACAGGGCUUUAAGAUAGUCACCCCUGUAAGACCUUGCUGUAAACAGGCUUUGCUAAGCCUGCAUGGAAUUUAUUGUUAAAUAGCUGAUGCACAUUUUAUUAAGAAAUGUUUGUGUUGAAGUUUGAAUCAAAGAAAAUAUAGCUUUUAAUUGCAAUCGUUGCACUGCAGAGCUGUGCCAAACACUCCCCAAUUUGAUCGAGCAUUUAGCAUUGCUGAAAGUAGUAAUUUUAUGAAUACGAAGUCCAAGAAAGGAACCAUAUUGAUAGUUUAUAGACCAAUUAUUACAUUCUCUCAGCAGACUUGAAAAAUAUAACCAACUGUACAGACCAUGGUACUGUACAUCAGUGGUGUAAUUAUAGACUACUGCCAACGGUAUCUGUGUCAGAAUUAUAGAAGUGUAAGCACCAAGACUUAUAGCAAUCCAAGAUGAUGUGUAGGCCUACUUGUAUAAAGCCCUGACCAAACUCUCAUGCCUAAAUAUGGUCAUGAUGACAUCACACUAUAACCAUAGUAGGCAGAUCUUGUCUAUGGGUAUACAACAGUUUAUUUAUGUCUGAUCAAACAUUGUUAAGUUUAUUUCUAUGCCCGGCUUAGGAAUGCUUUCCUGGGUGUAAAUUAGUAUGAAAUUUACAUUUUUUAAAUCACUACUAUAAAUGCUUUGUACUUAUUGCUAUCACAACAGACAGAUAAAGACGCUGCAACAUUUAUAUAAAUAAUUUAUUCUUUAUUGAAAAAUAUAUGUUGUAUCAGAAUAAAAGGUACCCUAAAUUAGGUAUUAUUGUAGCUAUCUUUUUAUGUUUGUUUUACUAAUAUAGCAGUUACACUUCUAAAAAAAAACUUAACAAUUGAAAUACAGUAUUACAGUUGCUAACUUUUUAUACACAAGUUAUUAACAUUAAAUUAAUGAAUUUAACAAUAUUUCUUGACUAAUUAACAGAUGUAUAUGUAAGACCUUUCAUAAUAAACUGAAUUGAGAAGUCUAA